CCGAACUUCCCUGAUUCAUUUUUAUCGGUGCAGGUUAGCGGUGUCCCCGAUUAGAUUAGAUCCGGGCCGAGCCCUAUUUGGGUGCGCAAUGGGCAGAUUUAAGCGCAAUGUGGCAACGUUAGGUUUGCACGUUUGAAUGAUAAGUCAACAUUUUUUUUUCGAAUUUUUACAAGCAGAGCAAACAGGAAAAAGAUGGCUAGUGUUAAUCAAAAUCCUGUGCUUGCUCCUGCAAAUAAUGCAUGCAAGCCUAAUCCCAGUGUAAAAUAUACUUUGUGUGAUGGUGUUGUUACCGUUUUAUCUUUAGUGCUUUACGUUGCCGACAUUGUUACAGAUAUUAUUUUGGGUGUUAAAUAUAUAAAUGCUGGGUAUUUCGAAUGGGGAACUUUAACAUUGAUGCUGUGCAUUUUACCAUCCAUUUUGACACAAUGCAUCAGCCUCCGGUGGCACCAGGUUGACCAAACUGCCAUCAGCUUACCCAUGGCUUUUUCACAUGUUUUACUUCUUGGAAUCGUUCAUAGGUAUGCUGCUAUACUGAAUCUAGGAGUUAGGAAAUCCCAGAAAAAAGUUUUUCAAGCCAAUAAUCAACAAGCUUUGCAGCUUCUGUGUCAUUAUCAAAGUGAUGUUUGCUUACUAAGGUUAUUUGAAUCUUUUCUCGAAUCAGCACCUCAACUUCUUCUUCAGUUGUAUGUGAUGUAUGAGCUUGAUUCCUGGCACCCUUGGACUGGUAUUUCUGCAAUGGGUUCAUUGUUAUCAUUAGCUUGGGGUAUAGCUUCAUAUGCCCGUACAAUGCGAAAUUCAAGGGAAGAUAAAGAGCGUAUUACAUGGGUAGGCUUGGCUUUGCAAGCUGCAUGGCGAACAGGCACCAUGGUUUCACGUGUGAUCGCGUUGCUUUUGUGCGCUUCUGUUUUACACUUAUGGUUCCUGCUUGUGAUUGCUAUUCACUGGGUUGGAAUGACUGUUUGGACCAUCAAACAAAAAACAGAUUUAUGUUCCACAGCUUGGGAAGAGAGGAUAUACAAUGCUAUUGUUGGUGUCAUCUAUUGUUUUUGUUUCUUCAAUAUCAAGGAAGGACAUUCACGACAACGGGCUGUAGUGUUUUAUACAGUCACGGCCACGGAAAAUGCAGCAUGUCUCGCCAUGUUUCUUCGAUUUUCACAUACGCAUCAGGAUCGUCCUUGGUUUGAUAUAGCCGCUCCUACUCUCAUCAUUAUUGGAUCGAUCUUAGGGCAUACCAGUCAACUAGUAUAUUAUCGUUGGUUUCAUCCUUCAGGUCCCAUCCAAUUUCGAGCAUCCAGUCCUGCUUCUGUUGAAGAAAUUGUUUGUCAAGCAGGAGUUAUCCUAGGUGAACAGCCAAUUCCUAGUUUUAGCCCUGUAUUCAUGAUAAGAACAUUGAAGCACAUGAAUCGCAAAUUCUCGGGUGUUAGUUUGGCUUCAGCUCUUAUCGAGCCUGUGGCAGUGGGCACGAUCAAAGUAGAGUCGUCGGGUGUGCCAUUAGAAAAUAACAACCCUCAUCAAGGCAUGUUGCCUUACGCGGGGAAAACGGAGGUUGUCGCAGAAGUGGAGCACCCAAAACAUUUAGGCGCCUCUCGAAGUGGAGGGGUGAAAUCUCUCUCUGAUUCAAGAUUGUUGGAAAUUACCAACAUUCCAUUUGAAGCCCGUAUACUGAAGACGAAAUCAGAUGGUGAACUUCAUAUGGUAAAUUUUUUACAUCCCGGAAAAAUGGUGCAAACUGGUUUAUUGUGUGAUGAGGCCGAUUCCAAAAGUGAAUCCUCGUGUGCGUCGGUUCACGAUUACGAAAACAUGGUUUUUGUAAAUGUCAAUCGUACUGAUUGGGGUAUUCGCCACUGGAAGAGCUAUUCGGAUAUUGAAACAAGUUGUCACGAUAACAGCGUUUGCAAGGAAAGGGAGCCUCUGGAAUCAUCCAUAAAUUCGGCAUCAUCGAACGAUUCAACCCGCGUGUUGCCUUUUGUUAAACUAAGUAUGGAAGAAGCCAUCGCUCAGUUAAAAUCGUUAGCUACCCAUGGUCACAAUGUUUAUCAGCGCCCUGAAGAAAAUACUGCAACCAAGCUUUAUGAGGUCAUUUGGCUUAACGAAACUGAAACCACGGGAUCAAUAGUUAACCCAGUAAGAUUGUGUCCAACCAAUGGUCACAAUCUCAGCAUCAUUACUGAAUUAAGUGAAAGUAAUUCAACGGCAUCAAAUGGAUCUAAAAGCUCACUUGUCCAAACAGUUGAUACAAUUAUAAAUAAGAGCGCAGAUGAUUCAUCGGUCGAAGAUGAGCACCUCACUUAUGUUGAAAUCAAUUUUCUUUCGAAGCUUUCCGAGCCUUCAAUGGAAACAGAGCUAAAUAACGAACUUCAUGAAUCACCAAAGAAACGACUAGCACGACGACACUUUUCCAUUAUUCGUGAUAAAUUUGAAGAUAAAUCGAAUCAGCUCGUUAAAAAACCCAACACGAACUUGAUAAAAAUUAACAAAGAAAAUAUCUCUAUGGUAAAUUGCACGUUUAAGAUUCAUGAUUCUACAAGUCCCAUUCGACAGCCCGUUCUUACUCCAAAAAAACAAUCGACCUUGUCCCCGGAAUCACGAAUAUUCUCACAAUCGUCGCUAAAAUGCUAAUAUUAUUGUGUAGACAUUUCUUCCAAAUCUCAAUGCUGUAGAUACGUUUACUGUAUGCAAAUAUGUUAAAUGUGCUUUGAAGUUUACCUUUCUCCGCUUAAUCAAGCAAACAAGCUCCCUCCGAUACGUCCAUAAUGCCUAAUGUUUAACCUGAACUGGAAUAGGUAUUGAUGAUUUUUCAUUCAUAUCUGGAAAUUCAUGUCUGAAGUGUGUCUGUUAGAAUGAUAGAAUUCCACUUUUUUUCAGUA